AUGAUGCUCAGCGGGCACGGCGGCGGGAGGCGCCUGUUCACGGCGUCGCAGUGGCAGGAGCUUGAGCACCAGGCGCUCAUCUUCAAGUACAUGGCCUCCGGCGCGCCCGUGCCGCACGACCUCGUCCUGCCGCUCCGCCUCGCCACCGGCGUCGACACCGCGCCCUCCCUCGCCUUCCCGCCCCAGCCAUCGCCGUCGCUGGCGUACUGGGGCUGCUACGGCGCCGGGGUGCCGUUCGGCCGCAAGGCGGAGGACCCGGAGCCGGGGCGGUGCCGGCGGACGGACGGCAAGAAGUGGCGGUGCUCCAGGGAGGCCCACGGCGAGUCCAAGUACUGCGAGAAGCACAUCCACCGCGGGAAGAGCCGUUCAAGAAAGCAUGUGGAAGUGACCUCCUCCGCCACCUCCCCCGCCGCCGCGGCAUACCGGCCGUCCGCGCUCUCCAUCUCGCCGCCUCGCGCGGCCGACGCGCCGCCGCCGAACCUCGGCCACCCGCAGCAGCAUCUCCGCCACGGCGCCUCCGCAGCAGCAGCCCGCGGCCCGGCUCAGGUCACCGCCGGCGCUCUCCAGCUCCACCUCGACGCGAGCCUGCACUCCGCGUCGCCGCCGCCGUCCUACCACAGGUAUGCCCACUCCCACGCUCACUACACGCCGCCGACGCCGUCGCUCUUCCCGGCCGGUGGCGGCGGCUACGGCUACGACUACGGGCAAUCCAAGGAGCUUCGGGAAGCGGAGCUCAGGCGGCGGCACUUCCACGCGCUCGGGGCCGACCUGAGCCUCGACAAGCCGCUGGCCGCCACCGGCUCCGACGCCGCGGCCGCGGAGAAGCCCCUGCGGCGUUUCUUCGACGAGUGGCCGCGGGAGAGCGGCGACACGAGGCCGUCGUGGGCGGGGGCGGAGGACGCGACGCAGCUUUCCAUCUCUAUCCCCGCGGCGUCGCCCUCCGACCUCGCUGCCUCCGCCGCCGUGCGAUACCACAACGGGGAGUGA